GGAUACCAAGACUGUUUAACCUAGUGGUUUCUCUGUUUUGAAUUUGAUUGUUUGUUUUAUUCUGGUUGGUCGGUCGGUCGGUUUUGAUUAAGUUUGAGGGACUUGGGGUGGAGUUUCAAGAAGGAAAGAGUUUUAAGCUUGUUGAGCUGGAUUCGGGUUCAGCUCAAUAAAAGUUUCAUUUAAGCAUGGCGGACGAGUGUAGACAGACGCUGUUGAAGAAGUGCUACUAUGAGAAUUGCCCUGGAUGUAAGGUUGAUCAGCUCAAGGAGUUGAAGACAGGUUUACCAAUACGCGAGCUGGUCUCUAUGUGGAUUGUUGUGCUUUGCACUGCUCUUGAGAGAUGCUUUUUGGGUUACUUAGAUUCUUCAUUAAGCAAACAGGUUAGCACAGCAUGGGGCAUAGGAUUGAUUGUCGGCCCUGCUCUGGGAGGUUUUCUGGCCCAGCCAGCAGAGAAGUAUCCAAAUAUAUUUUCCAAAGAAUCUCUGUUUGGAAGAUUUCCAUAUUUUUUGCCUUGCCUUAGUAUAUCAAUUUUUGCCUUGGGAGUAACCAUAGCCAGUUUCUGGCUUCCGGAAACACUGCACGACCACAGAAAAAACGAUAAAUCAAGUGAUGAACCGUAUGAUGGUUUGGAAGCUGCACGUGAGUCUUGCACAAAAGAAAUAACAGAGGAAGAUGAAGUCAGAGAACCUGCUUCCAAUGAGAACCUCCUAAAGAAUUGGCCAUUAAUGUCUUCCAUUAUUGUUUACUGCAUUUUCUCCCUCCACGAUAUGGCAUACACAGAGAUAUUUUCCCUAUGGGCGGUCAGUCCCAGAGAGCUUGGUGGUUUGAGCUAUUCAACACAAGAUGUUGGAGAAAUUCUUGCAAUCUCAGGCUUCAGCCUCCUCUUCUUUCAACUUGCUCUGUAUCCAUAUGUGCAGAGGCUCCUUGGACCUGUAAAGGUGUCGCGUAUUUGCGGAGUCUUAUCCAUACCUCUAUUGCAAAGUUACCCUUUGAUAGCCAUGUUAUCAGGGCUCACCCUUAGCUUGUUGAUAAAUUGUGCCUCUGUCUUGAAGAAUGUUUUUUCAGUAUCCAUUAUAACUGGUUUAUUCAUUCUACAAAACAAAGCUGUGGAUCAACACCAAAGAGGAGCUGCUAACGGCAUUGCUAUGACCGCAAUGUCUCUAUGCAAAGCAAUUGGUCCAGCUGGAGGAGGUUCUUUACUUUCCUGGGCAGAAAAGCGCCAAGAUGCAAGUUUCCUCCCUGGUGACCAGAUGGUUUUCUUCAUCUUGAAUGUGGUUGAGGCAAUUGGAGUGCUAAUGACAUUCAAACCAUUCCUGGCUUAACGCAACGCAUAAAAAGCAUAUUAGAUCUGAGGUUUUACAUGAGAAGAAUGAAUAAUUUUACCUUGGAUAUGAUUCUUUGAUGUUGUAGAACUGAAACAUAUCAUACCAUUGUAGUCAAAAUUGUUGCCAUUAUGCCUUUCAAUUAAAAAAGUAAAUUAAAAAUGUGCAAGCAAAAGACUGCUUUGAGGUUUAUAGCUCAAACUAGUGUAAUGUAUCACCAGGAACUGCUGUCCUAAAGAAAUUCAUUACCCUAAC